CUCCCACUUAAGGCACUUCUGAUUAUAGACAAUGCUCCAUGCCAUCCAUCGGCAGAAGAGUUAAGGUAUCUUAACGGAGACAUUUGCACAAUGUUCUUACCACCGAAUGUCACUGCGUUAGUUCAGCCGAUGGAUCAAAAUGGCAUAAGAAUUACGAAGCUGCAUUAUAAGUCAAACUUGCUGUCGUUGGUCAUUGCCAACAAAAAUGAAGAUAUAAUUUCUGCCCUAAAGAACUUCAAUUUGCGCCAAGCCAUUACAUUGAUGUCAAAAUCGUGGGAUCAAGUAACUUCUCAAAUUCUUGAAAAAUGCUGGAACCCCAUUUUUAAUGAUGUCGAUAACAGUUUCUUUAACGACGAAGAUGAUGUCCCAUUAUCUACUCUCAGAGAACGCUGGAGGGAAAACUUGAUUGCAGAUGGGGAAGAAGCACCCUUGAUACAUUUGCUCGAACAAAUAGACAAUAAUCAGCAUUACACCGAAGAAGAAGUAAACGAAUGGUUACGCGAUGAAGAUGUUCCUGAUGGUGUUGAAGAUGAAGACAUCGAUUCGGAAAAUGAAUCUGACCCGGGUGAUGUUAUAAUGGUGCAAAACAUUGUAACUGACACCGAAGCCAUCGAAUCAAUCGAUAAAGUGAUCGAUUGGGCCAGUCAAAAUAACAGAACAUCAUCUGAAUUUACAGUACUCCAAAACCUCAGAGAAAGUACGCUAAAAAAUGUUUUGCAGAAAACUAAGCAAUGUAAAAUAACAAAUUUUUUUCCAAAGUUGGUUUAAAUACAAUUGUGUUUUGUGUCAAUUACUAACAUUUAAAAUAAUAUAAUGAAAACGUAUAAAAACGAAGACUUUUUUAUUUUUUCCAGUAACUUGAACAAUCCAGUAACUUAAACAGGCCUCGUUUCGUAGGUGUUCAAGUUAGCGAGA